AUGGCUGACGCUCUUAUUGGUGCUACCAUUCAGAUUAUUCUGCAGAAGAUGCUCCCCCUCGCCGCAGAUGGGAUUGGGAUGGCUUUUGGACUCAAGGAGGAUUUGAAGAACUUGAGAGAAUCUGCUGCAAUGAUCCGAGCGGUCAUAGCUGAUGCAGAGGAAAAGCAAGGACACGAUCAGGCUGUGAAACUGUGGUUGAAGAGGCUUGAAGGAGUGGCUUUUGAUGCUGAUAAUGUGUUGGAUGAGCUGAACUAUGAAUUUAUUCGGAAACAACUGCAGGAAAAGGUGUGCUUCUUUUCAUUCUUUUGUGAUACUGCUUUGCAUUGGAGAAUGGCUUCUAAGGUUAAGAAUGUUAACCAGAAGUUGAAAAUUAUCAACCAAGAAGCUAUUGACUUUGGACUCAGGUCCCAGCUGAUGGGAGGUGGUGCAAAUAUAGCUCCCCUUCCUCUCCCUGCUAUAAGUCGGGAGACUGACUCUAUAAUUCGUCAAAUUGUUGUUGGAAGAUCCAAUGAUGCAUCAAACCUAGUGGAGACAUUGUUGAGCUCUUCUGCAAAAGUUGUUUCUGUUAUUCCCAUAUCUGGCAUGGGGGGGUUGGGGAAAACAACUUUGGCUCAGUUAGCAUACAAUGAUCCAGGAAUUGAUGGACAUUUUGAUACUAAGAUUUGGAUUUGUGUCUCUGAGAAAUUUGAAGUUACUAGGCUUUUUAAACUGGUUUUAGAAUCAUUGACAAAGAGAAAAGUUAAAACUGAAAGCAGGGAUGUUAUAGUUCAGGAUGUUCGGAAAGAACUUAAAUGGAAGAGAUAUCUUAUUGUGCUUGAUGACAUGUGGGAUGAGAGAUCUCAACUCUGGGACGACUUUUUUCAAUGUUUGGUGGGAAUUACCAACACACAAGGAAACUGGAUUCUUGUAACAACGCGUAAGCUAAAUGUGGCAUCAAUCGUGGCUACACAUCCUACCUAUAGAUUGGAAAUAUUAUCGGAUGAUGAUUGCUGGUCAAUACUGAUAGAAAAAGCAUUUGGAGGUGGAGAAGUACCAAAAGAAUUGGAAGAAGUAAGAACUGAAAUCACGAAAAGAUGUCAAGGUCUACCUCUGGCUGCAAAUGUAAUUGGAGGUUUGUUACGUAUCAAAAGAAAAGAAGAGUGGCUCCCAAUCAUAGAGAGCGGGCUUUUGCACUUAAGUGAGAAUGAAAAUACUGUCAUGCAACUACUAAAGUUGAGCUUCGAUCAUUUACCAACUGCAUCCAUCAAGAAGUGUUUUGCAUACUGCUCGAUUCUUGACAAAGAUUUUCUUGUAAACAAGCAACAUCUAAUCCAACUCUGGAUGGCAGAAGGUUUUCUUCAAGCAAGUCAUAAUGAGUUAUUAGAGGACAUAGGCAACAACCAUUACCACAUCCUGUUAGAGAGUUCAUUGUUGCAAGAAGUAAGGAUGUAUGACCCCUAUCUUGAUGUGAAUGCCAGAUAUGCCAAAAUGCAUGACUUCGUGUAUGAUCUUGCACGAUCAUUGUCAGGAUCUGACAGCAUAAGGGGUGAGAACUGCCAAUCCAGAUAUCUAGUAUUGCAUUCAUUUGGAGAAGAAACACAGAUGAAGUUGAAUGACAUAUCAACAUCAGUUAGUUCAUUAAUUUUGCUUGAGAGUCACAUAUCAGGCGACAUUUUAUCAAACUUUAGGUACUUGCAUGUGCUGAAGUUGUCUUGGGUGACUAGUGAGGUGCUGCCAAGCUCAAUCGGCAAGCUGAUCCAUUUACGAUUUCUUGACCUUUCAUACUCUAGAAUAGAAGCUCUGCCUGAGUCCAUUUGCAAGCUUUAUAAUUUGCAAACACUUACAUUUGAUGAAUAUCCUGACAAGAGAACUCUUAAGCAGCUUCCAAAAGGGAUGAGAAAGUUGGUUAAUUUGAGACAUCUCCACUUUUUUGCUUCUGAUGGUCAAUUCCAAAUGCCAAAAGGGAUGAGGCAGUUAACCUGCCUUCAAACUCUACAGUUCUUCAAUGUAGGAAAAGACAAUGGCCGUACACUUGAGGAGCUGGCAUGCUUAAAAAACCUCCGAGGCCGCCUUCAGAUUCGUAAUCUAGAACUGGUAAAUGGUAAAGAGGGAGCUCUGCAGGCAGAUUUACUGCAAAAGCCAAAAAUGCGUCACUUGGGAUUUGAAUGGUGUAGUGUUAAUGCAGAAGGUGGUUAUGAUGAUGAACAUGUCUUGAAAGGCCUCCAGCCCCAUCCAAAUUUGCAAAGUUUACACAUUAGUAACUACAAUGGUGGGAAAUUUCCACGUUGGUUAAUGAACAUGGCAAUAUACAUGAAGACUACAGACGGAUCAUCAAUAACAAGACUCGACAAAUUGGUAAAGCUGAGAUUAAUAAACUGCAAACUAUGCACAGAAGUCCCUGCCCUUGGACAGUUGCCAUCUCUUCAAGUUCUUGAGUUGAAUGGAUUAGAGAACUUAAGAUGCAUUGGAACUUCAUUCUAUUGCAUUGCUGAUGAUUCCAGUGGAUCAAGCAGCAACAGAAGCAGUAGUCAAGGGUCAAGCAAAUUGUUUCCAGCUCUUAAAACUCUUGAGUUAGCAAAUAUGCCAAAUCUAGUACAAUGGAGGGGAGCAGAAGCUACAUCCAGAGGAGGUGGUGAUGAAGGGCUAGAAGUGUUCUUUCCUAGCCUUGAAGAUUUGAUGAUUAUGAUGUGCCCCAAACUGACCACAGCUCCAGGUAAUUUUCCAAGCCUGAAGAGAUUGAAAAUCGAGAGGAUGGACCAGCUUUUGCCAGUAAAACAGAUUUGCAGCAACGCAACCAUUCUCACAGACCUCUGGAUCAAAGGAAUGCCGGAGCUUACUUGCAUUCAAGACGUGCUCAACAAACAGGACUUAGCAUGGCUAAGAUUGGAAGAGUGUCCCUAUUUAAAUGACAUACAUGGCUGUGGAACUUCUCUUAGAGAAUUAAGGAUCAUGAACUGCGAGAAUCUAAGGGAGUUGCCGGAGAAUCUACAUCAACUACAGGCUCUACAAACACUUUGUAUUAUGCAGUGCCCAAAUAUCAAGUCAAUCGCGAUUCCUUCAGGAGAGCAUGGCCUCACAUCCCUCCAAGAACUGAGAUUUGUUGAUUGCAGUGGGCUGAAUAGUCUGCCAGCUGAAAUGCUACACUCUCGUACAUCUCUUUGUACUCUGGUUGUGAGAAGAUGCCCCAAUCUUGUCUCAUUUCCAAUUGAUUUGCAGCAAACACCUUCUCUAGUGGUCCUAGUGCUAUCCGGUUGUCCCAAAUUGACCACUAUACCGGAAGGACUCGGUCGCUUUUCUUGCUUAAGAGUGCUGUUUAUUGGUCCAUUCCCAGAUUCAAGCCAGGAAUUCGAAUUGUUAUCAGCCGUGGCUUCCUCAUCUGUCCGCACUCUUGCAAUAGUUGGAUGGCCUCAUUCAAAUUCUCUGCCAGAAGAGCUUCAGUACCUGACUAACAUUACAAAAUUAAGUAUACUCAACUUUGGAUCAGUAGAAGCUUUACCUGAUUGGUUGGGAAACCUUGGCUCUCUAGAAAGACUACACCUGAUUGAUUGUGAAAAGCUUCAAAAUUUGCCUUCUAUGGCUGCUAUGCGACGUCUCACCAAAUUAAGUUUUCUGUCAAUUUCGGGUUGUCCUCUGCUACAGGAACUAUGCAGCAACUCUGAGCGGUUCAAGAUUUCUCAUAUUCCCACUAUAUUAAUUGAUGAUGAAGAGUUGAUUAAUUCGUAUAGGUGGCCAGGGUCUCAAGAAAAUGAAGAGACAGAAUGGUUUCAGUUGACAGGAUCAAGGCAAGAGGCAAAGGUUGGUCUGCAAUGUAGUUAUGUUAUAUGUGGCGGACAAGGAACUGUGGUAGAUUUUGAUUGA